GUCGCGGACAAGUGACGCGCCAAGCUCUGCCAGCGGGGUUGCUGCUGUCGCUCUUACUGCUGUCGCCGCUGGUAGUUACUACUGUUCAAACAAGGCACGGCCCCCGGCCGCCUCCAGCCCGCCGCCCCGGGCUCCUCGACCGUCUGGGCCUGAGUGGUGAGCUGAGUACUGAAGCAGCUGUUUACUAGUCUGAGAGGAACGGCUUCUGAGAGUGGUGGCCCCAGGGGCGGCAAGAUGAAUGUGGGCACGGCACACAGCGAGGUCAACCCCAAUACUCGGGUGAUGAACAGUCGGGGCAUCUGGCUGUCGUAUGUGCUGGCCAUCGGGCUCCUCCACGUUGUGCUGCUCAGUAUCCCUUUUGUCAGCGUCCCAGUCGUCUGGACCCUCACCAACCUCAUCCACAACAUGGGUAUGUACAUCUUUCUACAUACAGUAAAGGGAACACCCUUUGAAACGCCUGACCAGGGUAAGGCACGGCUGCUUACUCACUGGGAACAGAUGGACUAUGGUGUACAGUUCACGGCCUCCCGCAAGUUCCUGACCAUCACACCGAUCGUGCUGUAUUUCCUAACCAGCUUCUAUACCAAGUACGACCAGCUUCACUUCAUCCUCAACACAGUGUCUCUGAUGAGUGUGCUGAUCCCCAAGCUGCCUCAGCUCCAUGGUGUUCGGAUUUUUGGGAUUAAUAAGUACUGAGGACCCAGCCCCCUCCUUGCCCUGCCCUAGGGGAAUCUGAGGAGAUGAAGAUGAAGGGGGCCUCCAUGCAGAUGCCCAGAGACUGGUGUUGAGCCUGUGGGCCUAAUUAAAGCUCUCCCUUCCCCCUACUUCCCCCACCCCUCCCCCCAGUAGUCAAAAUGGAGUAGCCUUUAGUGGGGUUAGAGAGGGGGGUUCUCCCCUGUUCCCCCCUCCCCUCUCAGUGGCUUUGUCCCCUUUUUGAUUUUUCCCAUUUGAAUAGAGAAUAAAUGUGGGAGGGGUUGUGUGGUACUUCAGUGGGCCCAGAUACUUGGGCUGAGGAGGGACAGAGGAUGUUGGGAAACCCCAUGCAUUCACUGUAACUCUGGCCAAUGCACUUUAACCCCCCUGGGCAGGGGGCAGAGGAAAUGGUACAGCCUCUAGAUUAUAUUUCACUUUAAUUCUCUUGGUUGACACUCAGAGUGAGUGAGUGUGUGUGUGAGAGAGAGAGAGAGAGAGAGAGAGAGAGUGUGUGUGUGUGUGUGUGUGUGUGUGUGUGUGUGUGUGAGAGAGAGAGAGAGAGAGAGAAGUAUGAGUCUAUGCAUGCGAUUCUACCUUUCAGGGCAGAACAGUAUCUGUCUGUCCACCAAGUCAAGUCCAUUAGGUACACAAAAGAUCAAGGAAAAAGGGAGUGGGGAAGGUACUGUGUGAGUGGGCAAGGAAUCGGGCAUCUUAGUCCCCGAAGUGGGAAGAACCUAAGGCUCUGGCUUAGCUUAGGGUGGAACUGGGGGUUGUGUGUGUGGGGAGGGCAGCUAGAAGAGGUCAGGAUGGUGAGUAGUGAUGCUGGAGAGGAGCAGAAAGAAGAGUUACAAAUGGAGGCUCGUUUUCUUGGUUCUUGAGCCAGUUUAGAGAGGUGGAGGCACAGAGAACUCAUCUGCUGAAUGUGGGGUGUGGAGGUGAAGGGACAAGGUUGAGCCUGUCACUUUUGUCAGUAGCUCAUCGUUGGGCUAUAGUGUUGAGGCAGAGGAAUAACUUGAGUCCUCAAAGGACUAAUGUUGUCACCUACUGGUGAGGGCCAUGGAGGGUGGUGAGCACAGAGCCUACUCUGCACUGGUUUCCUUGAGAUACAGCUACUGCCUUUGGGAAUUAAGUGGGUUAAGGAUAGGGGCAGAUAGUAUAGCCUCUGGUUGGGUAGCAGAAGAGUGUUCUCCUCUCGGUCAGCCUACCUUUCCUCACCUCCCUCCCAGCACUGCUUGGCUGGAGACCAGGUCCUUUUGGGCAUAUGGCGUAGGUGGCAAGGAUGGGUGGGUACAUUGUUAGUGUUGGUUGAUUAGCCCCUUAUUUUUCCUGCUGUUGAGGGCAUCUGUCAUUUGGAGUUGGCAUUCUUCAGGUAGGCAUGGCCUACCACCCCAGAGCUUCUUUUCCUGGUAGUUAGCUCACUGAGCAGGAAAGAAGUGGGGCUCAGGAGGAAAUUGAGGAAUUUUACUUUGGAAAAAAAGGGGAUGAAAGCGAGAGAGAGAACACAUGUGUUUCUGCACACAUGUGCACGUGUGUACAAGAUCCUUGUGUUCUGAGAUACCUUCUGGUCCCUCCCCAAAGGGUGAGGGAAGAGGGGUGAUUACUAUGCCUUGUACUCUGCCUCUGGUUCCCCCUCCUUCACAAUCCCCAUUCCAUGUAUUAUAGGGAACUUUCAACUCAAAACCUUUCUAAGACAGUGUGAAUAGGAUUUUUACUCCCUCUUUGUACAGUAUUCUGAAAGAAGCAAAUAAAAGGCAGUGUGUUCCUGUCCUCCA